CCACUUCCUUCCUGUGCCUCUCUCCGUUAGUCCCUCCAAAACCUCAGCCUCCUCUCAUUUUCUGCUCUAAAACCCUCCCUGUAUCUGCUAAUAUUCACUUUGUAUGAUUCUUCUUUAAUCGGUGAAUUCAGCUGCCAUUGGAACAUUUCCUCUUUGGAAAAAUGGCUGGAAAAUCGAACAAGGGGAGGGGCAAGAGAGGGUCUCACAACGCUUCAAAUUCUUCCAAUCCUACAGAGACAGCGGUUCUAUCUGAUGUUCCUGUAAAGGAUAACAUUGAAAAUGCUUCAGAAUCUGCGAAACCUGAGGCAACGGACGUUUCAGCUGCAGAUGAAUCAACCGUUGCUGAUUCUGUGGUGAAGGAGCAAGAAUCAGCCCAAAAGCAAGGUGAUCUUCAACUGUACCCUGUCUCCGUCAAAACACAAAGUGGGGAAAAGCUUGAGCUACAGUUGAAUCCUGGAGACUCUGUUAUGGACAUAAGACAAUUUCUUCUUGAUGCUCCAGAGACAUGUUUUAUCACAUGCUAUGACUUAUUGCUUCACACAAAGGAUGGUUCUACUCAUCAUUUAGAGGAUUAUAAUGAAAUUUCUGAGGUAGCUGACAUUACUACUGGUGGUUGCUCCUUGGAAAUGGUACCUGCAUUAUAUGAUGAUAGAUCUAUAAGGGCUCAUGUUCGCCGUACAAGAGAGUUGCUUUCCCUUUCUGCACUUCAUGCAUCGCUAUCUACAUCACUCGCACUUCAAAAUGAGAUGUUACAAAAUAAAGCUGCAAGUUCAGAUAAUUUGAAAACUGAAAUUCCCGAGCUUGAUGGGCUUGGUUAUAUGGAGGACGUCUCUGGAUCACUGGGUAAUUUGUUAUCAUCCCCACAGAAGGAUAUUAAAUGUUUAGAGAGCAUAGUGUUUUCAUCCUUAAAUCCUCCUCCAAGCUACAGAAGGCUUGUUGGAGAUUUGAUUUAUUUGGAUGUGGUAACAUUAGAGGGUAAUAAAUAUUGUAUUACUGGAAACACCAAGAUGUUUUAUGUCAAUUCAAGCACGGGGAACACAUUGGACCCAAGGCCAAGUAAAGCUAGUUCUGAAGCAACAACUCUUGUUGCUCUCUUACAGAAGAUUAGUCCCAAAUUUAAAAAAGCUUUACGGGAAAUUUUGGAGCGGAGGGCUGCUGCUCAUCCUUUUGAAAAUGUGAUGUCUUUGCUGCCACCUAAUAUGUGGCUUGGAUCGUUUCCAGUGCCAGAUCACAAGCGUGACUCAGCCAGGGCUGAGGAUGCUUUGACUCUUUUGUAUGGCAGUGAGCCGAUUGGAAUGCAAAGAGAUUGGAAUGAGGAGCUGCAGUCUUGUCGGGAGUUUCCUCAUACAAACCCACAGGAGAGAAUUUUGCGAGAUAGGGCUCUUUAUAAGGUGACAUCAGAUUUUGUUGAUGCCGCAAUUAAUGGUGCUAUUGGAGUUAUCAGCGGUUGCAUUCCUCCAAUAAAUCCAACUGACCCAGAAUGCUUUCAUAUGUAUGUGCACAACAAUAUAUUCUUUAGCUUUGCUGUUGAUGCGGACCUUGAGCAGCUGCCAAAGACCCGUGCAGAGGCUAACUCAAAAACAUGUAGCACAGGCACUUUGCAUUGUUCUGUUGAAAAAUCUUCUGAUAGCUUGCCUUGUGGAGGCGUUAAUGGGGCAAAAGAUGAUAGUUCAAGUUCAGAAGUCCUUACCAAUGGUGUGGAUAUCACUCAAGAUAUUCUUCCUGAAACACAGUUGGCAGAGAAUGAGCAGGCAACAUAUGCUUCUGCAAAUAAUGAUUUAAAAGGCACGAAGGCUUACCAGGAAGCUGAUGUCUCUGGACUUUAUAAUCUUGCUAUGGCUAUAAUUGACUACAGAGGUCACAGGGUGGUAGCUCAGAGUGUCCUUCCAGGAAUUCUCCAAGGUGACAAAUCAGACUCUCUCCUGUAUGGCUCCGUUGACAAUGGGAAAAAAAUUUGCUGGAACGAAGAUUUUCAUUCUAAGGUUUUGGAAGCGGCAAAACGCCUUCAUCUGAAGGAACACUCUGUCCUUGAUGGAUCUGGAAAUGUUUUCAAAUUGGCUGCACCUGUGGAAUGCAAGGGCAUUGUUGGUGGUGAUGACCGGCAUUAUCUUCUAGAUUUGUUGAGGGUGACUCCUCGUGAUGCAAACUAUACUGGACCUGGAUCUCGAUCAUGUAUCCUAAGACAAGAAUUAAUCACUGCCUUUUGCCAGGCCCGUGCUGCAGAGACGUCAAAAUCUAAGGAGACUAGUCCUCAAGGAGCAGACACAGCUGCUGAUUCGCAAAAUGUUACUGACGACAAGCAGCAGGAUUUACCAAAGGAAGAGGUGAGUGAGGAAGUCAAAGAACUCACUGCUGCGUCUGCUGAAGUUUCAGACUCCUAUGAGGAAAUAGUUUUUAACCCUAACGUCUUCACUGAAUUCAAACUAGCAGGGAGCCCAGAGGAAAUAGCAGCUGAUGAAGACAAUGUGAGGAAAGUUAGUCUGUAUCUAACUGAUAUUGUACUUCCCAAGUUUAUACAAGAUCUCUGCACUCUUGAGGUUUCGCCUAUGGAUGGUCAGACAUUAACAGAAGCACUCCAUGCUCAUGGAAUUAAUGUCCGCUAUAUUGGAAAGGUAGCUGAAGGGACUAAACAUCUCCCUCAUCUGUGGGAUCUUUGUUGUAAUGAGAUUGUUACCAGAUCUGCUAAGCACAUUAUCAAGGAUGUACUGAGAGACACAGAGGAUCAUGAUCUUGCACCAGCAAUAUCCCAUUUCUUGAACUGCUUGUUUGGAAGCUGUCAUGCUCCUGGUGGAAAAUUAACUGCUAAUAGCACUCACUCCAAACCUCCUAAAAGGGAACAUUCUGGGCAUCAGUCAUCAGGAAAGCAUUCUAGAGGGCAAGCAAGAUGGAAAGGCAAGGCAUCCUCAAGAAAGUCUCUACCUCCAUUCAUGAAUAUGAGCUCUGAAACUCUUUGGUCUGACAUUCGAGAGUUCUCACUGGUCAAAUACAAGUUUGAGUUGCCAGAGGAUGCAAGGUCACAAGUGAAGAAGAUUUCUGUUCUUCGUAAUCUCUGUCAAAAGGUUGGUAUAACAAUUGCAGCUCGUAAGCAUGAUCUUAAUUCUACAACACCCUUCCAAACAUCAGAUAUCUUGGAUCUCCGUCCUGUGGUCAAGCAUUCAGUCCCUGUGUGCUCAGAAGCCAAGGAACUAGUGGAAACUGGAAAACUUCAACUAGCUGAGGGCAUGCUCAGUGAAGCUUACACUUUAUUUUCAGAGGCAUUCUCAAUUUUACAACAGGUUACUGGUCCAAUGCAUCGUGAGGUUGCCAAUUGCUGUCGGUACCUUGCCAUGGUUUUGUAUCAUGCUGGCGACUUGGGUGGAGCUAUCUUGCAGCAACAUAAGGAGUUAAUUAUAAAUGAACGUUGCCUUGGUCUAGAUCAUCCUGACACUGCUCACAGUUAUGGCAAUAUGGCUCUGUUCUACCAUGGACUUAACCAAACAGAACUUGCCCUUCGACACAUGUCACGUGCUCUGCUCCUGUUAAGUCUGUCAUCAGGCCCAGAUCAUCCUGAUGUUGCAGCAACUUUUAUUAACGUUGCAAUGAUGUAUCAGGAUAUAGGAAAGAUGAAUACGGCACUUCGUUAUCUGCAAGAAGCCUUAAAGAAGAACGAAAGACUUCUUGGAGAGGAGCACAUUCAAACUGCUGUGUGUUAUCAUGCUCUAGCUAUAGCAUUCAAUUGUAUGGGAGCUUUCAAGCUCUCUCACCAGCAUGAGAAAAAAACAUAUGAUAUACUCGUCAAACAACUUGGUGAAGAUGACUCAAGGACACGUGACUCACAAAACUGGAUGGAGACAUUUAAGAAGCGUGAGAUACAGAUGAAUGCGCAAAAGCAGAAGGGUCAAAGUAUGAAUGCUGCUUCUGCUCAAAAGGCUAUUGAUAUCUUGAAGGCAAAUCCAGAUUUGAUGCAGGCAUUCCAAGCUGCUGCGAUUGCCGGAGGGUCUGGAAGUUCAGGCAUGGCUACCAACAGAUCCCUCAAUGCUGCCAUGAUUGGUGAGACUCUUCCUAGGGGAAGGGGAGUCGAUGAAAGAGCUGCACGAGCAGCUGCCGAGGUCAGAAAGAAGGCCGCAGCAAGGGGCCUGUUAGUACGUCCGCAUGGUGUCCCGGUACAAGCAUUGCCGCCCCUUACUCAGCUUCUCAACAUCAUAAAUUCGAGUGGUGUAACUCCAGAUGCUGUGGACAACAAGGAUGGAGAUGGAGCAAAGAAGGAAGCUAACGGCCUUCCUCCAAAUGAUCCAACCGAUGCUCAGAGCAACCAAUCAACACAACCUGUACAAGAAGCAAAUGCUCCUGUUGGAUUGGGUAAAGGUUUGGCAUCAUUGGAUUCAAAGAAACAAAAGUCAAAAGUAAAGGCUGGGGCUUGAAAUUUUGAGCAUCUAACCAAUAUUUAUUUGAGAUAAUAAAUUCAUUUUUAUGAUGGUGGGAUUGACCAGGUGCUCUGCUCAGCUAUUCAAUAAUGUUGAGUAGUAGUAACAAGUAAUUUUGUUUCUCUUUCCCGUUUCUUACUAGGUUCCUAGAAACAAUUAGGCGUUCAGAGUGAUUGCAGAUGAUUGUGUAGUGCAGUAUAUGAAUACACAAUUAUUUUAGGUGGCCAAUGGCUUAUCUUUUGACUGCGUGUUUGGAAAAAAAAAUUGGCCCAAAAAAAAAGAAACUGUAUUUGGAAGUGUUCUUGAAUUGUUUGUGCGAAAGAUGAGUAGAUCAAGUUAAUUAUAACUAGGCAAAUAAGCAUGUUAGAAUUUUAUAUAUAACAUGCCGAUUUGUUCAUUUGUAAAGCGUGUCUACUUUAUGCUGGCUAGGUUUAUUUACUCAAGAAUGUCAUGUGGGAAUUCUUGCAUUUUGAUUUGAAUCAUUGUAUCUGAUAAAUUUUAAUCCCAGUUGGAAUUGAGCGAGUAGUCCUAAAA